GCUCAUGUUUAGUGUUCUUAUGCAGCCUAGGACCACCUGCAUAGGGAUGGUGCUGCCCACAGUGGGCUGUACCCUCCUGGAAAAUUAAAAUAAUCCUCUACAGAUAUGCCUAGAGGCCAGUUGGGCAAUGUCUCAGUCAAGGUUUUCUUUCCUCUAAAUGACACUAGGUGAUGUCAAGUGGCCAAAGUUAAGUAGGACAGCUACCUUCCUAAUGGUGGGCCUCUGGAUUGUUCACCUCUUGUUCUUCUUGCUGCAGCCAGCCUUCAUGCUAACUACACAGUUUAGUUUACACACCUCGCCUGGAGUUGCCACGCCAUGGUAAUCUCCCAUCGUUGUCAUAUUAACUGAUAGAUGUAUGGGCCAUGUUCUUAUUGUCCUGGCCUUUUUGAAGUCAAUUUUUUCCUACUUAGCUCCAGUUCAAGCUGUGCCAAGCAAGUAUCAACAGAGAAAUGCAUCCUUGUCUUACCGUCAUUAAGGCGUCCCGAUCUUUACAAGUCUAUUCAUCCCCCUCCCACACACCUCAACUGGAUACUGGGGAGUCUCUGGCUACCACGCAGCAUUGCUGCUUGUUUCUCUCUUGGGCCUGGCAUAUUUGACUAAAAGUGAGUAGAAGCUGAGCUGGUGCUAGCACUGCUUGACUUCCAAGUUGUUUAAUUUAGGAUGUAACGUGUUUGAUGUAGUUUAUACUCAGAGCAAGGGUACCAGCACAACUCUAGCCAGCAUUACAGUAUCAAUUUAUGCAGAAAAAGAUUGGGCUAUAACUAUACUAUAGUGAUAAUGCUGCCAUACUAUCUUUUUGGAGGUAUUAGAAAAACUUACUCCCACAAGGAUUAGAGAAAUACCUCAUCUAAUCCUGUUCAAAGUGUCUUCUGUAAUGAUUCACACCUCAUACUAAAAUUAAUGGUAGAAAAUUCUCAAUCUUGAUAUACAGGAACCCAGAAUUAAACCUUUCAAAUAUAGUAUCUUCAGCAAAUAAAGAUAGCUUAUGGCUUUAUGAUUAACCAAAUUUUCUAUAAAAAAUUAGCAUAGUAAAUAACACAUUAAAUAUAUUAAAGUUCUUGUAAUGAGACUUAUCCAGUAUCUUAUGAACCAAUGUCCUGAGGGUCUGAGGGAUGAAGUUCAAGUCCUUUCUUUCUAUUCUCUAUUGUUACCUUUCUGUUUCUACAAGGAACCACAGAGUCACAAGUUUUUGAAGUUAGACAGUGAUUUGUAUGCUAUUUGUUCAUUGUAAAACAGAACCAACCUCUUCCGCUAUACUGCACUAGAGCUAAGAAUGCACUUUCGCUGAGUUUCUCCUUUUAGCAGAAAGCAGGUUACACCAUGGAGCAGGUCCUCACAUUUCAUAGUUCCAUUUUAUGAUUUAUUUUGUUUUGUUUAAAGAUGUAUUUAUUAUAUAUGCGUACAUUGUCGCUGUCUUCAGACACACCAGAAGAGGGCGUCAGAUCUCAUUACAGGUGGUUGUGAGCCACCAUGUGGUUGCUGGGAAUUAGGACCUCUGGAAGAGCAGUCAGUGCUCUUAACCACUGAGCCAUCUCGCCAGCCUGCCUUGUUUUAUGAUUUCUUAUAUAUACCAGGAGCAGAUGCCAGGUUUGUGCCUGAUUACCACUUCUCUGGGGUUUUGUUUGGAUAUGGUUUGAGUGUCCCCCUCAAGAGUUCAUGUGCUGGAAGAGUCACUCUCCUUACGGUGAUGUCGGUGGGCAGCAGAACCUUUAGGAAGUGGAGCAUCCUGAGGGGCUGUAAGGUCAUGGGAAUGCUGGCUUCUAUAUUGCUAUAUCUAUACAAUCAUGAUGCUAUCUGUUGUAAAGCCCACCCUAGAGCCAGGCCAAGGCUCAUAUAAUGUUCAUGAACAUUCAGAACUGUGGCUGAAUAAACUUCAUUUCUUGCAUAUUAUCCAGUCUCAGGGACUUUUUCUCAUAGCAAUAGAAAAGAGGCCAGCACACGGAUGCUUACAGAGACCCAUUUCCCGGUUGUAGGCCAUUUCAUUUAAAAGGAAAGGUUUGGGGAUGCCUGUCAAGUGUGUGGCAGGUUCAGCAAAAUUUGUACACAGAGUUAAUAGAAACUAAUCUUUUACCAAUACAGUGUUUGUAAAAUUCUAUUUUUUUUGUGUGUGUGUGGUUUAAUUCUACUCUUUGCAAGAGUAGUAGCUAAUUGUUUUGUAGGCAGUGCUUUUAAAACAUUUUAAUGGAGGCUAUAGGUUUACUUCAUAUGACAUGAAGUUGUAUUGUCUAAGUGAUGUGUGCGUGCAUGUGUGUGUGUGUGUGUGUGUGUGUGUGUGUGUGUGUGUGGUGUAUUGGUUCAGUAAGAGUGCUUGCCUGAGGAAGAGAAUUCCGAUUCCUUGUCUAGGUACAUAAAAAGCCAGAUGUGAGUACACAUGAAUGCCUGUAAUCCAAAUGCUGGGGCUGGGGUGGGCAGAGAAAUGGAUGUCCGGGGUUUGCCGACCAACUAGUUCAAAGAUAUGAGCCCCAGGUUCAAUGAGAAACCCUUGCUCAAGAGAAUAAGGCAGAGGGUGGCAGAGUAGGACAUCAGACGGCCUUCUCUGGCCUUACCACAUCCACACAGGCACAUAAGCCCACAGAUGGUGGACAAACACCAUUUGCCACACAAGUGCACCUUCCUCCCACAGUGCUAGGUCUUUUAAAACCCUGUUAGUAAUUGCAGAUGAGAUACCAUCUCAUAAUCUGAAAAGCUGGCUUAACACAUAUAUUAAGGUAUUACAGUAGCAAAAUUACAUGAUCACUAGCUGACACAGUAAGAGCCAAUCAUCAAGAAUAGAUACACUUCAUUUUCUAGAUGAUUUUUAUGUACCAACAGAAAACAGAAUGUAGGAAUUUACAUCUGCUGUUUCUUCAGUGACUAUGUUUAGGGUAUUAAUUCAUUGCACUUACCUUUUCUGAUGUCUCACUAGUUACUGCUAUUCCUUUAUUUAGUUAAGACUAUGUGUGGUCUUUUAUAUAAAAUAUUGCUAUUUUAACCAUUUGCUGUUGAAGAUUUACUUUGCUUCCCAAUCAAUAGAUGCCAUGCAACAUUUUUACAACUCAAAAUCAUAGUACUGUUUUUAUGUCGAAUUUUCACAUAGCUUUGGAGGCUAGGCACCCCCCACCCCCGUGUGUGUGUGUGUGUGUGUGUGUGUGAUCAUCCACCAUGUUUCAACUUAAAGGUUUUAAUCUUUGCUUUCCACAUCUCUGCUGAUAUGCUAAGAUAUUCUUUAAUAGCUAAUUUUUAAAACAACUUUAAUAAAAAAAUUAUUAAAAGAUUAUGGACCACAAGGAAGACAACUAUGUAAGCGAAUCAUUUCUCUUGAUUUGAAUACUCAUGGUUCUGUUUCAUUAGAGUUGGAGAAAGCUAUACAAUGAAACUUAUGUUGAAUGGGUUGUUGGCAGUAUUGCCAUUGCUUGUGUCUGGAUCAAAGUCUUAAAAAUAAUAAAACUGGUGGGAAAAUUGAGCAAUCAGCACUACAGAUAUUCCAGAUUCAAGUAAACUUCAGACUUAGUUCCUGACACCCAUCCCCCCACCCCCUUUUUUUAAGACAGGGUAUCCCUACACAACUCUGACUGUCCUGGAAAUCAUUAGAGACACCAGAUUGUCCUGGGACUCAGGGACCCACCUGCCUCUGCCAUCUGCAUGUUGGGAUUAAACCUGUAUGCCACCACACACAGCUGCUAUCUGAAUUUCUAAAGAUUUGGGUUUACAAAAAUCAUAGGAAUCACUAUGAACUUAAAGCACCUUCACUUCAACUUUGCCCAAUUCUGCCUUAACUAGAUAUACGGGAAUGACCUCAUCACGGGAUUUUCUGCCUCUCCAGUGUUUUCUCUGCUGUGCAGCUCUUAAUUUCUCACAAUUCAAUUUCUGACUCUUACUGUUUUUCUGUUCUACUGCAGUUGUUUUCAGAAAGCCCUGGCCUGUACUUUCAAGUGUUCCCUCUAGGAGUUAAGGUCUUUGACCCAUUUUGUGAGAACAGUGUUCGUUAGGGUUUUAUGGGUGUGGAGAGACACUGUGUGUGACCAAGGCAAACAUUUAAUUGGGACUGUCAUACAUACAGAUCAUCAUCAUUAUGGCUGGAACCAUGGCAUCGUGCAGACAUGGUGCUGGAGGAAACUAUAGUUCUACACCUUGAACCAAAGGCAGCCAGGAGACUAGAUUGGUUUCACUGAGUAGCUUGAGCAUAGGAGCCUCAAAGCCCACCUCCACAGUGACACACUUCCCCAACAAGGCCACACAUAAUAGUGCCACUCCCUAUGGGUCAAGCAUUCAGUCUAUGGGCCAAACCUAUUCAAACCACCACAAAUAGGAACCUAGUUUUCUUCUAUAGCACUUGAACAUCCAGUCUUCUGUACCAUUCGCUGAAGAAGCUAUCUUUUCUCCAAUGUGUAUUUUUUGGUAUCAGUGGUGGUAAUUACUAGCAGAAUCUGAGAAAACCCCAUUUGUAUCUAUAUAUGUUAUAAAUCACCCAUUGCCAUUGAUACAUUUCUAUGUAGCAGAUUUAAUUACACAUAUAUGUACUGUACACACACACACACACACACACACUCACUCACACUCACAGUUUGCUCUGGGUUUCUGGUCCAUGACACAAAGCUCCUAAAUCCCUUACAAAUUCCCGGAAGACAGCGCAAUGUUUUGUUCUAAGGAGGUUACUCUUGGUGGCUUUCCCAGUAGCUUCUGAAUGGGUGCUGCUGCCUCUGGGGAGAAGACAGGCUAACAGUUGCAUUGAUUAGUCAACAAUGAUGGUAUGGCGUUCAUGUUCUGAAGCUUCCACAAAACCCUGUAGGACUGCAAGCUCCUGGAGGUAGCACACCUGAAGGGGCAUGGACUCGACAGGUCUCUCCUUGCAGCUCUCCCUAUGUAUUGCCUCCAUCUGGCUAUUCAUCAACAUCCAUUUAGCAUUUUUUUUAUAAUAAAUCAAUGAAUAUAAGUGUUUCCUUGAGUUCUGCGAUCAAUUAGAGUAAAUUAAUUGAACCUGAGGGAGGAGCCUGGACUCUUGAUUUAUAGAUAUCAGUCAGGAAGGGCGGUAACAACUGCUGACUGGCAACUGGCAUCUGAAGUGAGGAGCAGCAGUCUGUGGAACAGUCCUGACCCACGGGAUGUGAUGCUAUCUCCAGGUACGUAAUGCCAAAACUGAAUCAGGGUUCAUCAAACUGCACUGUCCUUUCCACCCUUUUGUUGCUAACUGAGCCAAGGGAGAGCAGUGACUAAUUUAAACAUUUGUAUCAGCUCUUGCCUGGCAUUUGCAGCACUCCAAACUUUCACUAGUUCCUCUAAUUCUGGUCACUGGCUCACCAUCUUUCCUGUUCUCCUGUGUAUUAUGGACCAAACCUUGCCACCGCUGAACAUUCUAACUUUCAUUUCUUCAGAAAGUGUAUUGAAAAUCAGUCUGUAAAGAUGUAAUUAAGGUCAAAUGAGGUCACAUGGGUGAAUCCCAAGCACCUGAUGUCUUUGUAAGCGUUAGUCGAGUUAAGCAGAGGGAGAAACAUGUGUAGACACCUGAAACAAACAACUAUAAGUCAAGAGGAGAGGUCAACAUCAUUUUUAAUGGCUGAGUUCGUUCAUUACAUGGAUGUUGCCUAGUGUAGUCAACAAUGGAAUACAUCCUCAAGCAAUCGUUCUGUUAGACACAUUCUUAUUCCCUUAUAAGGCACUUCUGGAAGAGGGACUGAGCAAGGGCUCAAGGCUUUAAUAGGCUACUCUAGAAACAUGCUUCUAGUUUAUACUCUCAGCAGAGUCAGAAGCCCUGUUCUCUGAACUGUCUUCAGCACUACUGUAAUGUGUUAACAUCUAAAGACUAAGACUGAGUUGGGCUUACUGUUAACCUUUUGUAUGGGACACUUUGAGCUCAACAACUGAAGUUCAGUAAUUUCUAAAAUCAACCAGCUUCAGUGACAAUUUCUGCCCUAAGCACACCAGUGUUGGGAUUUGACCUGCUAUAGUAUGCAGUGUCAUUUAUCUUGCUCCCUUUCCUUUCUGCAGUAAGCUUACAGGUUUCCUGGGCAUAGGGGAAUCUGUCUUCAUUACCAAGGUCUGAAAAGUCCAGAUAUCUCAUCAGCUUACACUACUUUUUCCUAGCUUGGAUUUUACACAUUUUGCAAUUACUCCUAUAGAAGAUAACAUUAGAGAAUAAACAAGAAGGGACCUACCUGAGGGAGGGUGGCCAAGAAAGGCCUGCCAGAGACAAUAUAACCCAGGAUGACCUUUUCUUCCACAGUCUAGGUUACCCUCAAACACAUAGUAAUCCCUUUGAUUCAGGUUCCCAAGUGUUGGGAUUAGAGGCAUGUGGCUCAGUGUCUAAUUCUAAAUAGUGGAUUUGAUAAUUAAAAAAAAAAACCAAUUUUUUCCUUAGAGCAAAACUUGAAAGGAAUGUAGUGCAGAUACCAUGUUUGGCCCCACAAAGUCCCAAUUCCUCUAUGUAUAUGUUAAACUGGCAGGCAGAGCACAACACAGAAAGGAGCGAAGGGAUGAAAGGCACUUGUUUUUAUUCUAAGGGUUGUUCUGGAAGAAUAUCACAUGAUCAGGAUUAGAGACAGAGGGAGAGAUUGUAAUCAUCUGGUCGAUCAGGGCUAUCACGUGGCUAAUGAAGUAGGCUAGAAAAAGUCUUUACUCCAGGUAGCCAUGUGCCCACAUUUACUACUCCGAAAGACAGGAAUUUUGGGGGCAACUAAUGAUCUGUGCUACAGACUGUAAAGACUGUCAUGUGGAACAUGACAGAAAGGAAGCAAGAAGGAUGAAAGCAGUACAGGAAGAGCUGGACUGUUAGUCUAGCCGGCCACCUGGGUUUAUUGCAUAUAUACAUAUGGAAGCUCGAGGAGGGUUUUAAAACACCAAGGAACAUAAUUGAAUAAAAACAUUCAAAUGAUGCUUCCGGCUGGUACACAGGAACAGUUGACAGGAGUUUGGGGAACCUACAGUGUAGAUAUUACUACAUUCUAGAGAGGGAAGGUGGUAGCUCAGAGAGGGGGCUGGGAGCGGGCUGCUGAGAACAUUUGUAGAGGGUUCCUGGUACACGCUGGUAAGAUGGAUGCAGAGAGAGAAGUUACAGAGACUUUCUAACUCUAUGCCUAAGUUGGCAAACAGGUAUUAAUGGAACUCAGGGGGUGAGGGAGAAGUGAACCAUUCUUUCUCAGGCAGUUAAAUUUGAGAUGCUUCUCCUUUUUAUUCCUUGUCAUAGCAAACAUGCUAGCUAGUAUUAUAUCCACAUUUUUUUGGUUUGUUUUUUUUAAGGGAGGCCUUCCCUUCUGCAAAUAUAUACAAACUCAUUUUCUUUUCCUUAAUAAAGCAUUUCCCCUCAAUCCAAUUAAGAAAAUUUUCUGUGAGGUGCACAAAAAAAUUUAACGUAUUUCAAAAAUCACAUAAAUAUACUUAUCAGUAGGAACUAUUUUUCAAGCAAAAGUAACAAAAUUAUUAAACCUGUUCAAUACCAAAAAUAUUAAAAAAGCAUAUUGGUUAAGUAUGAUCAUUAUCAACAAUUGUUAUGAAGCUGCUUCAUUGGAGACAGAUCUUAUGAAUAUGUUGCCCAGGCUAGCCUCAAACUGUGGUUGACUCUCAGGCCUCACUCUCCACAGUAGUAGGAUUACAACAAAUGUCACCACACCUGGCUUUGAAGAUGAAGUCGUUUUGUUUUGACAAGGUCUCACUAUAUAUAUAGCCCUGCCUCACCUGUGACUAGCUAUGCAGACCAGGCUGACCUAGAACUUAAUUUCUUUUUUUUUUUUUUUUCCGGAGCUGGGGACCGAACCCAGGGCCUUGCGCUUCCUAGGCAAGCGCUCUACCACUGAGCCAAAUCCCCAACCCCUGACCUAGAACUUAGAGAUCUGCCUGUUUCUGCCUCCCAUGUGCUAGAUAUAAAGACCUGUGAAAUUAUGCCCUGAAAAGAAGUUUUUGAUGCAACAGGACAAUUUAAGAUUUUUCUUUUUUCUUUUUUCUUUCCGGAGCUAAGGACCGAACCCAGGGCCUUGCGCUUGCUAGGCAGGCGCUCUACCACUGAGCUAAAUCCCCAACCCCAAUUUAAGAUUUUUAUGAGUGCAUACAUCAUGUUGAGCCAUUAAUACAAGUUCUUAGCAAAUGUUAGGUCAUUCAUUGAAUGCUUUCCUAGCAUUCCAGUUCCACAUAUUAAUUUGCUCCACACAUUAAUUAAGAAAAUGUUAUCUCACCUAGUAAAACCCAAUCAUAGUAAAACUCAGACCUUCUCCACUGAAAGCAAUUUUUAAAACUUGGACAAAAAUGUGUUAAGUUAAUAUAGGUAAGAAGAGUAAUGAAUUCAAAUAUUUAAUGUUAUUUAAUGUGAUAAUGCUACUAUAUACACAUAAAGGGCUCCAAAUAAUUAGUAGCCAGAUUAAGGUGCUCUGUAUUACAUGCAUUCAUACACAAGAACUGUACGUGCCUAGAGGUAUACUCAGUCUUUGAACACACUACCUUACAGCAGUAGAUGUUAACUUGAGAGGAAGAGAAAGCAGAAGAGAUAGGAAAGCACUCUUGGGGGAGGGGCCAUAUAGGACUGUGUAGUUCCUUCUUGAAUUUCCCUGAAGUAAAACCAAAACAAAACACAAAAGGGUAAAAUGGAGUAUUUAAUGAAAAACCCAGCAAAAUAAACCUUUUCUAUUUGGCUAUACCAGUUCCUGUUGAUAUUUAAACAAAUUUACAUAUCUACUGUUAUGCAUAUUUGCUGAUAAACCAAAAUACCUUCAAAACCUUGACAAAAGUACUUUUAAUUUCAUCUUGGGUUUUAUCUUCCUUUUUCUGGCCUUCAACUAUGAUAAACCGAAGUGAUAUAUAUUGGUUGAUUGGGGUGGGGGAUGGGGCUGGAAGAAGGUAAUUUUAAAAAAAUAAAACAGCAGAAAUUUUAUUUACUUCAAAUUAGUAGUAAUCCACAUUAAUAAGUUCUACCACUCAAACAGGAAUAGCAAUGCGUUAUGAAACUAGUAACUUCAAAACACACAGAGGCUUUUUUCGCAAGUUUAGUAACCAUAAAACACGAAGUUUAUGGAUGUUCAAAGGAGUAAAGUAAGAGUAUUACAGCAAUGAAAACGAAUUUUACUUUCAGGGAUUGCACUGUUUUGGAGAACAAAACCCUGGAAGUUCCCACCACAGCCACCGUAUUUUCAAAAGGUUUAGUGGAUGAGCCAGCUGAUCACUAAGGUUUACAAAGGGCGCGCCGGGCGGGAACUAAGUAAAAUGCCAUAAACAUCGGACGGUUAGAUUAAGCCCUCCCCGUGGUGCUUUAAAAACACGUUCCCCUUACUUCCUCUCACCAGGUUUGAACCGAAAAAACAUAUGAAAAGGAAGAGGGGGGGCGGCGAUCAGACGCCCAGGUUCCAGCGGAGGGGAACUCACUGCUCAGGGGGGUGCCGGCGGCGUGCGGCGGGUGUUUGGGGGUGCGCACCCGGGAAGCGCAGGCUGCGGAACGACGAUUGGACCUGAGUACCGCUGCCACUGCGCCGGCAGGUAGUAGUAGCACUAGCCCGGGGACAGACUGCAGGAGGUGCUCGGGGGCGGGGUGUCCGACGAAAACACAAACACAAACACGCUGUGCGUCCCCAGGUGGGCGGACCCACGCUGCCUCAGCAUUUCCCCGCCCCCGCCCCCGAGGCCGCUCUCGGACCCCAGGCCGCAGCUCCUGGUGUGGCGGUCUGGCUUGGGAAGCCCGGCGAGGCCUCGGAGGCCCCACUUUCCGUAAUCGCCACAAGGCAGCGCCGCACCUCCGCGGGAGGUGGCGGGACGCCUGGCGGAAGCCCGGGAAGGCUCCUGAGGAGCGCCGUGCUUCUCACCGUCGACCGGCGUUCGGGAAACACUCUGUCCUUGAGGCGAGCAUCGCUCGCCACCUUCUGCCGCCGCCUUAGAGCGAAGUCGGAGCGACGGGGGUCACGGCGGGGGUCAGAGGGUAAAGGUCUUGCUCCCAGCAGCCUCCGCGGUGGAUACGUCGCCAUCUUGGAUCCGCGGGACAAGAAAAUUCAUGCGUACUGUGAGGAAAGGACACGACUCUAUGGUGAGGACUGAUGGACAUACAUUAUCUGAGAAAAGAAACUACCAGCCUCCAGCUCUGAGCUUUCCCAUCCCCAGAGUAGCAAAUGUUGAAAGAAGUUGCACAGGUGACAAACAGCAUGUUUGGUGCUUCAAGAAAGAAGUUUGUAGAGGGGGUGGACAGCGACUACCAUGAUGAAAACAUGUACUACAGCCAGUCUUCUAUGUUCCCACAUCGGUCAGAGAAAGAUAUGCUGGCAUCACCAUCUACAUCAGGUCAGCUGUCUCAAUUUGGGGCAAGUUUAUACGGGCAACAAAGUGCACUAGGCCUUCCAAUGAGGGGGAUGAGCAACAAUACCCCUCAGUUAAAUCGCAGCUUAUCACAAGGCACUCAGUUACCGAGCCACGUCACGCCAACAACAGGGGUACCAACAAUGUCACUUCACACGCCUCCAUCUCCAAGCAGGGGUAUUUUGCCUAUGAAUCCUAGGAAUAUGAUGAACCACUCCCAGGUUGGUCAGGGCAUUGGAAUUCCUAGCAGGACAAAUAGCAUGAGCAGUUCAGGGUUAGGUAGCCCCAACAGAAGCUCGCCAAGCAUAAUAUGUAUGCCAAAGCAGCAGCCUUCUCGACAGCCUUUUACUGUGAACAGUAUGUCUGGAUUUGGAAUGAACAGGAAUCAGGCAUUUGGAAUGAAUAACUCCUUAUCAAGUAACAUUUUUAAUGGAACAGAUGGCAGUGAAAAUGUGACAGGAUUGGACCUUUCAGAUUUCCCAGCAUUAGCAGACCGGAAUAGAAGGGAAGGAAGUGGCAACCCAACUCCAUUAAUAAACCCCUUGGCUGGAAGAGCCCCUUACGUUGGAAUGGUAACAAAACCUGCAAAUGAGCAAUCCCAGGACUUCUCAAUACACAACGAAGAUUUCCCAGCACUACCUGGCUCCAGCUAUAAAGACCCAACGUCGAGUAAUGACGACAGCAAGUCUAAUUUGAGUACAUCGGGGAAGACGACUUCAAGUACAGAUGGGCCCAAAUUUCCUGGAGAUAAAAGUUCAACAACACAAAACAAUAAUCAGCAGAAAAAGGGGAUCCAGGUGUUACCUGAUGGUCGAGUUACUAACAUUCCUCAAGGGAUGGUGACGGACCAAUUUGGAAUGAUUGGCCUGUUAACAUUUAUCAGGGCAGCAGAGACAGACCCGGGAAUGGUACAUCUUGCUUUAGGAAGUGACUUAACAACAUUAGGCCUCAAUCUGAACUCACCCGAAAAUCUCUACCCCAAAUUUGCAUCACCCUGGGCUUCUUCACCUUGUCGACCUCAAGAUAUAGACUUCCAUGUUCCGUCAGAAUAUUUAACAAACAUUCACAUUAGGGAUAAGCUGGCUGCAAUCAAACUUGGCCGAUAUGGAGAAGACCUCCUCUUCUAUCUCUAUUACAUGAACGGAGGAGACGUAUUACAACUCUUAGCUGCAGUAGAGCUUUUUAACCGUGAUUGGAGAUACCACAAGGAGGAGCGGGUAUGGAUUACCAGGGCACCAGGCAUGGAGCCAACGAUGAAAACCAACACAUAUGAGCGAGGAACCUACUACUUCUUUGACUGUCUCAACUGGAGGAAAGUAGCUAAGGAGUUCCAUCUGGAAUAUGACAAGUUAGAAGAGCGGCCUCACCUGCCGUCCACCUUCAACUACAACCCUGCUCAGCAAGCCUUCUGAAAAGACUCCCUUUUCUUGGGGUAUGGCUGUCUCAGCACAAUACUCGACAUAACUGCAGAACUGAUGUGGCUCAGGCACCCUGGUUUAAUUCCUUGAGGAUCUGGCAAUUGGCUUACAUAAAGGGUCACCAUUUGAGGUCCUGCCUUACCAAUUAUGUGCUGCCCAACAACUAAAUUUGUACUUUGUUUUCUCUAGUUUGAGCAGGGUCUGAAUUUUCUCAUUUAUUUUCUUUUUGCCAGCAGACAGACUUGGGUCUAUAAAGACAAGCAAGUACACUGACAGAAGUUACCAUUUAGUUUCUUAAAUGUAAAAAAAGAAAACCCACAAAAGACUCAACAAAAUUAGACCACAAAAUUUGCAUUGUUCAUUGUAGCACUAUUGGUAAUAAAAGAGCAGAUGUUUGUGCGUUUUGAUGUGGAGAUCCUUCUCGUAUUUCAUUUGGAAAGAUGAGCAAGGUCUGCUUCUUUCUUUUUACUUCCCCUUGUGUUUCUGAAAGGCAGUUUCUCCAGGCUUACUGCAAGAAUAUGACUGUAGAGAGAUUACCACAGUCUCUGGUGGCUCCAGGGCUGUGUUGUUACUGAGCUUCAUCUUUCCAGAAUGAGCAAAACACUGUCCAGUCUUUGUUACGAUUUUGUAAUAAAUGUGUACAUUUUUUUUAAAUUUUGGACAUCACAUGAAUAAAGGUAUGUAUGUACGAAUGUGUAUAUAUUAUAUAUAUGACAUCUAUUUUGGAAAAUGUUUGCCCUGCUGUACCUCAUUUUUAGGAGGUGUGCAUGGAUGCAAUAUAUGAAAAUGGGACAUUCUGGAACUGCUGGUCAGGGGACUUUGUCGCCCUGUGCACUAAAGGGCCAGAUUUUCAGCAGCCAAGGACAUCCAUACCCAAGUGAAUGUGAUGGGGCUUCAAGACGUGAACUGAGACAAUUCACUCUGGCUGUGUGAACAGCAGCGUUUCAUAGGAAGAGAAAAAAGAUCAAUCUUGUAUUUUCUGACCACAUAAAGGCUUCUUCUCUUUGUAAUAAAGUAGAAAAGCUCUCCUCA